AUGUCAAAAAAACAUACUGAAGACAAGGUGAUCUCGAGCUCCAAUAUCUCAACAAGUCCAACUCCAAAUACUGAAGAGACUCGAGUCCGAGGAAGCGGCUCAAUAUCACCAAAAAGUCUGAAUUUAACGACAGACGAUGGACAACAAUGUUCAAAUUGUGGCACAACGAAAACUCCACUUUGGAGAAGAGCUCCAGAUGGAACAUCAAUAUGUAAUGCUUGCGGCUUGUAUUUGAAAUCUAAUAACUCCCAUCGACCCGUAAACUUAAAGAGACCGCCAAAUACAAUACCAAUAGCUAAGGAACAAGAAGGGUCAUGUAAAGGUGACGGACGGUGUAAUGGUACAGGAGGCUCCGCCGCUUGUAAAGGAUGUCCUGCUUACAAUAACCGAGUUGUUGCAAAACAUGCAUUAGAGAAACCAGGCACACAUGAAUUGAAAAAUACUGAUUCGACUCACAUCAAAUCGCUAUCGUCAGAAAGUAAGCAAAGUGGCAGCGGUAGCGGGAGCGGAGAACAAAACGACUACGAGAAUUCCCUCGCUAUUGCAUGCUAUAAUUGCGAUACAACUAUAACACCGUUAUGGAGAAGAGACGACGCCGGAAAUACAAUAUGCAAUGCUUGUGGGUUGUUCUACAGACUACAUGGCUCUCAUCGACCAAUAAAAAUGAAACGUGCUACAAUAAAGAGGCGUAAAAGAAACAUACCUGAAAGUAAGUCCACUAAGGAAACAAAAGUUGCAAAAAAAUCGACAAUAUCUUCGCACACUUGCACCUCGAGUACUCCGAACCAACAAGGAAAUAUGGCAGUUGCCUCUCUGGUUAAACCCUCACCUAAUCUGUUGUCAAGUUCACCAAAUAUGAAUAUACUUCCACCUAUUUAUUAUCCUCUUCCCUUCAACAGACCAGCCAUCGGUACCAAUAUGCAUUUGUCGACCCCUUCACCAUCAAUGUAUCCAAGAUAUAACGGUAGUGGUCGUCUUCCAAAUGGGCCAGGACCAGUUCCAGGACCACCACCACCUGCGACAGCAGCAGUAGCUCCUCCUUCUUCUUUUCCUCCUCCUCCCAUGCCACUAGCUCAAAAUUAUCAACCUUUACCAAACACACAAAGCUUGUACCCGUCACCGCCUCAAGUCAAAAUCAACAUCCCUCCAAUUAAUUGUUAUCUGGGAACUACAUUGCCUCCAAUCCAUUCAGACUCCGCUUAUAUAAAAUGCGACACACAGACGAAAAAGUUCUCAAAACCAAUAGCCAUUGAUUUUACGGCAACUUAUAGAGUUGAAAAUAGACGAUCAAAUAUUGAUCACGAAGAUAGUGAGAGAUCUACUACAGCAUUAACAUUGAAACUGCCGAGCUCUAAUAGCGAAGAUAGCAAACCAAAAGGAAACAAAAAAGCCUUGACUAUAGGAGGGUUACUUAACGGUUGA